UUGAUAGCGAGCCGCCAGUGUAUGAGCCCCGGCACAAUAGGAUUAGUCCACUGCUUUGACAGUGACUCAGAUAGUGAUGAUGGAGAAAUCAUCCCAGAAAGAGUCAACCCUGCGGACUCCAAUCAGAGGCUGGCUGUGAUCAAGUUGAACAACGGGACAGUCAUGUAUUUACGAGAGGUCACAAAACUGCUGGCGCUUGUCUGUAUACUGAGGGAGGACAGCUUUGAAAAGCGUGGUUUGAUAGACUUUAACUUCUUAUGCUUCCGUCAAGGAAUAACAGAUGUGUUCAGCUUGGGCAAGAAACAAGUGCUGGAAAACGGUGAUACAUCCAUGAAUGGAAUCAUCGAGGCAAAAUAAGACAUUGAUGAAUGGAAUCAUCUAGGCCAAAUAAGACAUUGAUGAAUGAAAUCAUCGAGGCCAAAUAAGACAUUGAUGAAUGAAAUCAUGGAGGCCAAAUAAGGCUUUGAUGAAUGGAAUCAUCCUGGAGAAAUAAGACUGCCAUACAACGCAGAAGCUGCUUUUAGUGACGGCCUGUCUAUGUGCAAUUGAUAUUAAAGGGCAUUGCUGCUUGCAGACGUAAUAUACAGGAUGUAGUUGUAGCAUGCAUUAGAGACGUUCUCUGGGUAAAUAGGACUAAAUGCUUGGAUGUAAAGUGUCGUACAGGAGUAGCCUGUGCAGUAAAGUGUCGUUCAGGAGUAGCCUGUGCAGUCGGAGUAGCCUGUGCAGUCGGCUCAGGCUAAUCAGGGGUCACACUUUCUUCAUUGGUGGGAUUUUCACUAAGAAGAGAAAUCAUUUAAAUGAAAAAAAAUACAUAAAAAGGGGAAAGUGUUAUCCCUAUUUAGACUGUAUGUACUGUACGUGCUAAUAUGGGAUAACACUGUAUGCACAUGCAUUAAGCCCUUGUUUCCCAGAGCGAGCCUCAUUCAAAUUUCACUGAUUUAGAGUUUGAAGUGUGUCUGUUAAACUGAAUUGACAGCUACAAUUCUGCCCUACAAACAACUGAUAUCCUGCAUGUUUGUAAAAUGUGCAUGAAGGCUCAUUUUUACAACAUUAUUCAUAGUAUAUGCUGUUAAAAGCUUAAUCAUUGAAAGCUUUUUUUUAAAUAAUCACAAUUAAGUGUUAAUAAUUCAACAUGAGGCGUAAAUAAUUUAAUUCCUAAAAUGUCUGUUAUAUUCAAAUUAACGUAGAGAAUUAUAAGACAUUUUGACUUUGUCACAUUAGUAACAAUUAUGUCAAUGCCAUAGACUGUAGGGCCUUAAGUAUAUAUCCUUGUAUCAGUGUAUCAAAUUAUUUUAAUUAUAAGUUCAUAGCCAACCUAAUUCAACACAUAAAGCACAUGGUUAUAACAAUCAUCAAACUAUCUAAUGAAAGUUAGUAAAACAAUUAAAUGUGAUUAAGUUAUUAAAUGUUAUUGUAAAUGGCUGUGAUGUCAUUAAUAAAUAAAAAGUGGAGAAGAUUCUGCCGUUAAGUUACUUUUAUGUUUUUUUAAAUCAUCGCAUUAAAUUAUUUUUUUUUCAAAUUGCUUUUUGUAGACCCAUAAAUUCUUGGAUUUCUGAUCUUAAAAAUGAAGAAUUUUUAUAUGUUGUGUUAAAUUUGUGUAUUGGACAAACCAUAAAAGCAAAGAAAAUUAAUGUCCCACAAAGAAUAAUUAUUUUACAGUAUGUAGCCUUAAUCUGCUGUUCAAAUAUAAAAAAAUACAGAAGAAACUUAAUUUGUACUUUAAAUUAUAUUAACACAAUUUUAGAAUUGGGUUCAGGGCCCAUUUUCAUAAAGCUCUUUAUGGAAAUUUUAAAUAAAGUUUUACUUUAGGCACAAUUUUAAAACAAGUUUUCAGUGAAAAAUCUGAUGUUUUCAGCUAACAAAAUAUCAAUCUGUGUAGCAAUAUUAACUUGUUUAAAGCAUAUGGGCUGUGCUCUAUGACAAGGGCUUUAAUGGAUGUGCGUACAUUGUUGUCCAAAAUUAGCCUGUGCAGUCCGCACAGGCUAAUCAGGGACGUCACUGUCCACUUUUAUAUUAUUUUUUGUUUACAGAAAGUCUUCUAAGCGAAAUUUAAGGUUCGAUGGAAACCCUUCUUUUCACAGAGCACGGCUCAAACGAAUGUUAACCCUUUGCAUGCUGGGAAAUUCGUCGUCUGCUAAAAUGUCCUCUGCUGAAUUUCUAAAAUUAACAUUUUCUUCGAUUUUUUUCAAAGAAUAUUAUCAGAAUAGCAAACAGUUUGGAUCCUGAUGAGACGCCACGUUCUGUGGCGUCUCAUCAGGAUCCAAACUGUUUGCAAAGGCCUUCAAAAUUCGCUUCCCGCACUGAAAGUGUUAAAAUUCUUACAAGUAACACAGUCAGAUACUUAAGUAAUUUCAUGAAUUUAAGGAACUCCCAAAGGUUUUCAUUUGGGGCUUUGUGAAUUCAGGCUAUGUGGUAUACUAGUAGUUUGCAAACCAGCUACUGAAGUGUGAAUCCAUUAAAACUGAUGUCAAUACUGUCAGUUGUUUAUACCUAGUUGAUAAAUUUCUGAAAAAAAUGAAGAAAAUAAUGUGUUACUUUAAUAAGAGCUCAGGGAAGGAACGUUUGUCUGUGUAAGUCAGUCAGUCAUGUCUCUUUGAUAUUUUGAUAUAAAAUGUUGAGAUAUAUAAAAUGUUGAGAUAUUGAGGGUUGAGUAGUAUCUGCGAUUCAUUUCUGAAUAAGAUUCAGUUGGUUCAACCUCAUCAAGUUUUAUAGUUUGUAAAUAGAUGGAUAUACAUACAUAUGUACAUGGCGUUGCUGCAGAUCGUACAGAUAUACAUACAUAUGUACAUGCAUUGCUGCAGAUCGUACAGACCAAUUUUUACUUGAUUGUGUUUUCAGCUCAACUGAGCUCUUAACCUUAGGCUGAAGAAGUGAUUUUGUGAUGAAAAGUCAUGCUGUGUGAGUCUUCUGUUGUCAACUUUAUGCUUAUUAGCACUCUAAAGACCACAUUCUUUUCUCAAUAUUCCUAAAACCUAGUCAGAUUGGUUUUAUUUACACGACAUAAGCUCUGUUCAAAUCUGGACUUUGUGUGUCUUAACACUAGGUCAGCAGGUCAAAUCAUAGAAAAACCUUUUUACCAUUCCUUAAGCCACAUUUAUAACCCAGUUUUGAGGAAACUCUGUCUGGAUGUUAAUCUUGGCAAUGUCUAAGCUGAGUCAUGAGUAUCCAAAAAUUAGGUCAUCAGGUCAAUUCUUUGCAAAAUGUAACAACUUUAGAAGCCACAUUUAUAACUCGAUCUUGAUUCAACAUGCUCAUCAUGUUAAUCUAAACAAUAGCCAGGAUAUAUCUGAAUCUGAGUAAAGUGGGGUCAAAAACCUGAUAAGGUUUUUAACAAUUGAUGUGCUAUUUACUCAGGUGAUUGAUGAAGGGCCAUCAUGACAAGUAACUCAUUCAGAAAAAUGAUGCAUUUUUUUCCAUGUUUAAUAUAUUUUUUCUCUUUAGUUUUUUUUAAUGUUGAAUUGUUAGGUAACUAGUGACCAAUAGCUAAUUGCCAAUCAGUAACUGUAAAGGUUUAUUUGCAAAGUUGAUCAACAAACGAGCGUGCCUUCACAAGCCAAUCAAUUACUCCAUACUUAGCCAAACUACUGCAAGGUGUUUCUAUAGAUGUUGUCUACUGUGUACUGAUUGUUAACUCACAACCAUAUCACAUACUUUUAACUUUCUUCAUAAUUCUGUACAAAACCUACACCAUUUCCUCUAUAAUAUUCAAGCAUCUUUUGUUAUUGUCUAAUAAUUGUUAAUGCGCAUUUGAUAUUUUUCUUUUACAUUGAUUGCUUAAACGUUUAUAAUAAAUAUGAUACAUAUUGAGCAUUUUCUGGUUAUACAUUGUACCUGUAACCAUUUUUAUUAGCAAAUUUGAUACUAGAUUUAAAUAUCAUUAUUGACUGACCGGAUAAAAAAUGUUUAUGAGAAUGGAACCCAAACUUAAAUACUUUUGAAAUAUUCCUUAAGGAAAAAAAUAGAUUUGACUUACAUGAAUAAUAUUUUAUCUUGCAUGAUAUCACAGCGGUUUAACAAAUUGUAUCAACUCUUGUGUGUAUGUUUGUUAUAUUCCUAGAGGCUCAUAUUAUUUUGUAUCUUUGCUAAAUAUAUGUCUGUAUUCGUCUAACAAGAGCAUCAAAGGAUAUAAACAGAGAUUGUUUAAGAAGUUCUUAUGAAUUCACAUGUAUCAAUUAAUCAUGUUAAAAUUAAGGCUACACUAUUGGUGUAAGAGCUGUGCUUAUGGAGCUCUGACUCUUUUAAAAAUACACUGAGAUUUGUUUGUGUGUAUGUGUGUUUUGCAUAAAAUCACUGUGAAUUUCUGCUUUUAUAAACAUUUAUUAUACAGUACUGUUCAGAGUUGCUUUCCUUCCAUGAUAAAACCAUAAUGAGAAUAAAAAUGAAAAUUCUAUAACAAACCAAACAUGUAAUUAGAAGCAUGUAAUAAAAGGAAAACAACCAUUUGAUAAGCAUUUAGAUGUAUGUGUUUUUAUCCAUUAAAUUGCUAAGAAUGUUUGCUAUUGUAAAUAUUAUUUCUACUGUUCUGUUUUGGAGUUGCUUUUUUCCAUAAUAAAACAUUGACCAGAAACAAAUUCUACCACAAACCAAACAUAUAGUUAAAAUUUGGGAAGAUUAAUUAAUGAGAACAAGUGUUGUCGUCUUCUUCUCGUAAUUUUUGUCAUUUUGUGCCUUGAGAAAUAUUUGUGUGAACCUUAUGCACAUUAAUGCAUACAUGUUUGGAGUUGAUAUUUUCACUGUGUUUUCUUUGUGUACAAUGUUAACAACCUCGUAUUUCUAUACAAUUUCUUAAAUGCUUAUACCAUUCAUCACAACCAACAUAAAAAUACAAGUUCUCACAACAACAUAGACAACAUAAAACACUGCUCAAGUUUUAACAUAAUUUGAUGAAACAAGAAAGGAUGCAUUAGUUACCCAUACCAUUACAAUGCACGCCAGAGACUGUAUAGUACAUGUUUAUUAAUGUGUCAAAGGUAUUUUAAACACCUGUUUUAAUCAAUUCUGAAUUGAAUUCUAGUGUUUGUGUGAUUUGGUGUGUAUUGGAAAUGCAUUAACCAGGCCUUGUAAUAUAUGAGUCGGUGUCUGAGAAAAAUGGGCUUAAUGCGUGUGCAUAAAGUUUCUGCCUAGCUAUUCAGGGAUAUGCUUUAUACACAUUUGUUUAAGCCAGGUUUCCCACGCCGUGGCGUAAGAUUUUUGUAUACAACCGUUUUGAUGCAUAAGUGUAUUACUUUUGCGGCAUUAUGCUACAGCUCAUGACGGAUUUUUCUGAACGGGAAAGUUAAGUUGUUCUGCUCUGAAGGAAUAGACUAAUGGAAUUAUGUUGUUAGUUUUUAAUCUUAAGGUGGAAUGUUAUAUAGCAUUGAUGUUUUUAUCCAAAUGUAACACUUAACUAUGUUUUUUCUCUUCGUUCUGGGAAAACUGAGCUGAAUGCAUGUGGGUAAAGAGUCAUCCAGGAUUAGCCUGUGCAGUCAGCCUGUGCGUUAUCAUGAACCACAUUUCCCGCUUAUAUGGUAUUAUUGUCUUAGUGAAAAUUCUUUUUUGGCGGAUAAGUUGUCCCUUAUGAGCUUGUGCAGACUGCUAGGCUAAUCUGGGAUGACACUUGAUGACACAUGAUUGUCAUCUUCAGAGAAUAUGCAUGCCUUAACUAAAACAAUAUAAUUAAUACAUAUUUGUAUCCAUAUGUGACAAUUUUGUUAUUUAAUCUCCUAAUUUUAUCAAUAUUUCUUUCAAUUUUUAACUUGUGAAUGAAAAUAUACAGUAAUAUGAUGCAUGACUAUAUGCGAAUAGAAGGUCUAUAUAAAAUACAUGCACAACAUGCACAACAUUCACGCACACACUUUAUUUAAAGAAUACAACAUUUUGGUAAGUGUGAGGAACUAGUAAAUGAGUUAACACACUUAAAAGGUACAGACACAAAUACAUAUAAGGGAGGUAAUAGUUAUGCCCCUUUCAAAGAAAAGGGGGUAUAUAGUUUUCGCACUGUCCGUCUAUCACACUUUUCGUGUCCGCUCUCUAAUUCAAAUAGUUUUCAUCCUAUCUUUACCAAACUUGGUCAGAAGUUGAAUCUAGACAAUAUCUAGGUCAAGUUCGAAUAUGGGUCAUGCCGGGUCAAAAACUAGGUCACGGGGUCACUAAGUGCAUUUCAAGGAUUUAGUAUUUAGGUUUCAAAAAAUGCUCAUAACUUUUAUCAAAGUGUUUAUAGGGGCGUACAUGUAUGUCAUCCUAUGGUGACAGCUCUUGUUUAUUUUUUACUUAAGCAUGAACAUGUCACGGUCAUUAAGACAUGUAUACAUCAUAGCAUGCGUUGAUGUUAAUACAUAAACUGCAUCAUUAAAAAAAACAUCAAUCGACAUAAACAUGCAUUUUAUCUUCAGUUGAUAGUGAAAAUUGUUACGUUAAGCUGAUAAUAUUCUGAAACUUGACCUGUUAGUUUUAAGUUUUAAAUGUUUGGGAAAACACCCUUGCAAGAAGACUUCUCAUAUAUAUUGCCUGACCAGUUAUUUGUGUUGCGAUAGAUUGAGUAUUGUGAGCAUAAACACAUGUGUGUUCCUAAGCAAAGUGCUGAUUUUAUAUGUGAUACACUUGUUUUCUUUUGAUACUCUUUUGUUGCAAUGUAUAAUCCCAUAAGAUUAUUAUGUAUAAAUAACAAUUUUAUGUGUGAUUGGAUUGUUAUUUCAAUUAUUUGUUGUGCAUGUCUUCAUAAAUCUAGAUGUAUUUGUUGACGUUUGCAAUACAGAUGCCACUGUAAAUAUCUGUUAUGAUGGUCUUAUAAAAAAUGCAAACAUAUUGAUUAAAAUAUGGUUAUAUUUA